AUGGCCGCGGCCCCGACGUGCGGCUCCCUCACGGGCCGGCCGCGCCCGCCGCCCGCCCCGGCCACGGCUCCAGCGCCGGCCCCGGGCCGCAAGCGCGGCGACUCCCGCCGGCGCCAGGCCGCGCUCUUCUUCCUCAGCAACAUCUCCCUGGACGGCCGCCCGCCCUGCCCGCCCGCCAGCGCGGGGAAGCCGCCGCCGCCGUCGCCCGCCCCGGAGCCCGCGGGAGCCCCGGAGCCGCCGCCCCGCAGCGCCCUGCUGCCCCCGCCGCCGCCGCCCGCCCUGCCCAGCCCCGCGCCGCCCGCCGCCGCCGGCCUCGCGCUCGACGUGCCGCGACACAGAAGGCGUUUUAUCUCCCAGCGCUGCUCUCUAGAAUUUUUAGAAGACAUAGUGGAAUAUGCCAGUGCGCGAAGAACCAAGCACAUAUCUGGAUCUCCAAGACAUAAAAGCCUGAAGAAGAUGCAUUUCAUCAAGAACAUGAGACAGUACGAUACAAAGAAUAGCAGGAUCGUACUGAUAUGUGCCAAGCGAACCUUGUGUGUGGCUUUUUCCAUCCUGCCAUAUGGGGAGAGCUUACGGAUAAGUGAUCUAAAAAUGGAAGGGCAGAAGCAGCGGCAUCCUUCUGGCGGUGUUUCUGUCUCUUCGGAGAUGGUUCUAGGAAUGGAAGGAGUGGAGCUCGGUGCUGACGGCAAGGUUGUGUCCUAUGCAAAAUUCUUGUAUCCAACCAAUGCCCUGGUUUGCCGCAAAAAUGAUAACCACAGUGUUGUUCCUGCGUGUCGAUCCAGCACUUCACGAAAUCUUCCAGGGUCAAGAUACAAAACCAUAACAACUAAAACCAUACCAGCCGGAACAGAAAUAGGAAACGAAGCUGGAGAGGCAACAGAGUACGAUCCAAAUCUCCUGGAUGAUCCUCAGUGGCCCUGCGGAAAGCACAAGCGUGUUCUCAUCUUCGCGUCUUACAUGACCACCGUAAUAGAAUACGUGAAGCCUUCGGACCUUAAAAAGGACAUGAAUGAAACAUUUAAGGAGAAGUUUCCUCACAUCAAGCUGACACUGAGCAAAAUUCGAAGCUUGAAGAGAGAGAUGCGGAACCUGAGUGAAGAGUGCAGUCUGGAACCAGUGACUGUGUCGAUGGCAUACGUUUACUUCGAGAAGCUUGUUCUCCAAGGCAAGCUCAACAAACAGAACCGCAAACUGUGCGCUGGUGCUUGCGUGCUGCUUGCAGCCAAGAUCAGCAGUGAUCUCAGGAAACAUGAAGUCAAACACCUUAUUGAUAAACUAGAAGAAAGAUUCAGAUUCAACAGACGAGAUCUCAUUGGAUUUGAAUUUACAGUGCUUGUAGCUUUGGAACUGGCCCUCUACCUUCCUGAAAACCAAGUUUUACCUCAUUAUAGACGUCUUGCGCAGCACUCCUAACCAAAGCUACAUUCCAGCAGAUCGCCGGUGGCUCUGGAGAUGAACAGCAUUACACAAACACUUUGCUGCUGAAUUUGACGCUUGCCACUGACCUUUCCUAUGCCAUAAUGUACAUCCUCCCAUGCCUACAGCUAGUUCAAAGUCUGCAGCAUGACUUCUUAAGCAGUCAAGAUGUACAUUAAUGAUGCAUAUGCCAAGUCUGGGAGAUGGUAUAGAAAGGGUUAUUGAACUUUUAUUUUUCUUUGGACAUUAAAGCACAAGUGAUUCAAAGCCAGCUGCCAUUGGCUGCUGGCUAUUCUUAUUUACCUUUUCAAUUUUAUUAAGAAACUGUCAGUUCUUCCUACAAAUGAUGCUACGCUAGUUGUUCCCUUGGAUUUUUUUUUACCUUUAUUUUGUUCCUUGAGUCUAAAGGGAGCAUCACUUCCAUUCCAAACGAUACACUUCAAAUAAUAUUUCUAAGAAUUUUCUUGCAUUUUUACAUUAAUGAAAUGCAUAUUUAUUUUUUUAAAGAUGUGCCUAAAACUGACUGGUCUGGUACCAGCCCUUUUUAAGUUAGUUAUGUUGCAUGGUGGUGAAUCCUGAAUAGCCAUUUAUUCUUUACCUGCAUUUGCCUUGCAUAUGGUGAAAACGAUUCCGGUAUAUCCGCACUAAUAUCACACGGGGGGGGGGGGGGGCUGUACUAUAAAUCGGUAGGUCACAAGAUUUUAAAAUUGUUCUAGUUCGGCUUGCUUAAUACCUGAUUACAGGUUUGAUUUUAAAAAAAGGAGGAAAGGUGAUUUGAAAAUCCGGCCAUGAAUUAUCGCACUUGUUGAACAAGGUACCUGCAGCAAAGCAAUUGCCAUCUUCAUUUAUUCUUCAACAGAAGAUAAUCGCUUAAUACCGCGAUUAAAACAUAUCAUUCGUUGUUUUGAUUUGUGCUACUGUUCUUGAUAGUCUGAAACUAAGCAAUGUUUUAUAUACGACCGAGUGUCAUGUAUGAGCUUUUUGUGCUCUGUCCACAAGUGUUUCAGCCAGUGCAGUUAAUGCUACUGAACUAAGCCAGUGAAACAAAGCAUGGCCAGUUCUUAAAAAUGCUACUCUUUUACUCAGUUCUUCCAAGCAUUGUGCCACUGUGACGGUCCUGGGACCGGUCGUUUGCACAUCCGUGCAGCCACUCGGUGGCUGGUCUCCUGCAGCGCUCUGCUUAUGCCAGGGUUAAAUAAUUUCUUCCACUCCCAGCUAUUCUUCCAUUUGGGGGACGAGUUCUGAAGUGUUUUGGACCCUUAGCAACCAAGUUAGUGGCUUUUGGGUUUUUUAUCUAAGCAAUAUAAUAAUAUAAAUAAGCUGUCUUGUUUGUGAGGAGCAAAAUUUAAAAACUCGGGUGUUGUGAUUGACAAAUGUUGCGUUUAAGUUUGUGAACCUGUCUCGGGUAUUGGACCUCACUGCAGUAAGGCUCCCCGGUCUCUGGGACGAAGUACUGUCAAUUCUAACUCCUGCCAUCAUGAUAGGCACAGACGCGAAGCUGGAGGUUUGUUAAUCGGCUGUUUUCCCGAAGGGCAGCCUGACUAAGAUUUGCAGCAAACUUACUAGACCCUCUUCCUGGCUCAGCAGUGUGAGGUGUAAUUUUAAUACAGAUAACUGCAGCGAUCCCAACCAAGUCACAAACUCUGUUGUGUUUAAUAGCUUUAGUGCAAGUGCAGCUCACAAGCAGUACUCAGGACGUGAGCUUUAGUGUCACCUUUGUGCAAAGUUGGUGCAAUGGGUAUCUUUUUAAAUCUAGGACAGUUGUAAGAACAAAGUGAAAAGAGAACAGAUGUCCACCUUGCCAUUUUUUAUUCCCCCCACAACCAAAACAAAGGCUUGAGAAACAUCCCACUGUUUUAAAUUCUCUGCUGAGCGUCCCUAAUGCCAGUUGUGGAAGUUCUUGUGCAUUGAAAUAUUAAAUAUAUCUGCUUGUAAAUGGGUUUGCCAAUUGAAAAAAGCUUCACUGCAUUGCACUUGGCGCUCCACAAUCUGCUGCAGAUUCCUACAGCAACUCAGCCUGUAUCCUUUUUUUGCCUGGGUAUAAUGAAGGUAAGUUCAUUGGCACUUGAAUUUGGGGGGGAAGGAGUCUUUUCUGUGUGCUGGUUUGCUUGUUGUUUUCCAUAGCAGCACCAGUUAACUUUCCUCUUUAAUAUGCAACAGAAGAGAGAUGCUGUGAGUGAAAUGUGAAUAUUUGAAGGCUCAGCCCUGAAGCCUUUACUUAGACUUUCCAUUGAAUGCAAUGGAACUUGUACCUGGCAAAUGCCCAUAGGAGUGUAGAUCCUUGCUUCAGUGCAUAGGUGGGCAAGUUAUGGGGUUUUUUAUUAUUCCCCACGUUGCUGGGAGAAUAAACAGCUUUGUUCUUUGUAGAGUUUUGAGCGAUCUCCCUAGAAAUAUUUAUUCCAAGCCUCUGCACAGGCACAUCCCAAGUUCUUGAGCUGUGAAGCCCAAGAUAAAAUGGGCAAAGUAUGGCAUUGUGGACUUGGUCAUUCGCAGUUGGCACUAAAAUUCCUCUAAGUGGCAGGCAAGUCCUGCUUACUACGGCAGAAAUCUUGUUUCAAAGUCAUAAGGACUGAUCCCAAACUGUUGUUUUUAAUCUGUAGUCUACAGCUGGCACAGUGGGCACGUGUGUCUGCGACUCUUCUGUGCAGAAGCAGUGCUGCUGGCAAAGGCAGUGACUUGUAUAUGUUUGUGUGUGCAGUGUUAGAGGACUUGGCUUUCUCAUCCCCGAAUUGGAAGGCUUGCAGUCCUGCUGGGUUCAGCUCAUCCUUGUAUAUUUAUCUUAUUAUAUUUAUCUUGUCAUACAGACACUGCCACUGUGUGGCAAACUGUUCUCACUGCAACUUUAUUAAUGUAAAAACCAAAAUGGGACCCAAGGCGAGUUUGGAGAGAGGUUUUACAGUGUACGUACCAAAUUAAAGAAACAAAAGCUCUUUGGUUGGAAAAGAAGUGCUGGUUUCUACACCGGCAUGUCGGGUUUAAUUGUGUAUGUAACCAUGUAAAUAUGGUGCUGCUUUGACUCGGCACAGAAAAUCCUCGUGGGAGAAGCGUGUACUUUUUUUUUUUUUUGAUGUAGACAAUACUGUGCUCUGGUUUUGUGUCCCAGUAAUUUAAUUUCAACUCUAUUUGUAAUUUGUCCAAUCUUCCAAGGACAUUUGUGACAUUAAGAUGCUGUGAAAUAAAAAUUGGGUUUUUUUAUACAUACUUUGUAACCAACCAAA